GCGCCCUCUAAAGAAAUCCUGGAUUGGAUGAUUUCUCUCCCUCUCUGCCGUUUCAUCAAGCUGGCUGGGCUUUUAGCAAGCAGAGAUAAGUGUCAGAUGUGCGCCAAGGAGGGAAGAAGAAGAAGAAGAAAAGAAAAAACAGCAGCCGUGUAAUCAGCUGAUAAUUCGACUGGGUCGAUGCGAUUUGAUUUGACCUUUAAUUCAGGACACGGAGCCGCGAUCAGCUGAUGACUAGCCGGGCAGCUGCCAUUUUGCAGGUCAAUCGAGGAUUCGCUUCAAACUUGUUCAGCGCACACAAAGCCGACUAAGCUAAAAUAAUUGAGCUGAGCUCGCUCCGUCGACGGCACGCCAGGAUAUCGGAGAUGGAGAGGAAACUGGGCCGUUGUCGGGAAAUCUGAGCGAGCAUGGCCGACGGUAACACGAGAGAGAUGGAAAGAGGGAAAGGCAGGAUUACGGGCGACUCGUUUCCGAGAGGCGGGUACGCACAGCAGUACAGCACGGCUCUCCCCGCACUGCAAGGUCCGGACAUACAGGAGCUCGCGUCCAAACGCGUCGACAUCCAGAAGAAGCGCUUCUACCUGGACGUGAAGCAGAGCGCGCGCGGCCGAUUCCUGAAAAUCGCAGAGGUGUGGAUCGGCAGGGGGAGGCAUGACAGCGUGAGGAAGAGCAAGCUCACGCUGUCCAUGUCCAUGGCUCCCGAUCUGAGGUAUUGCCUGGGGGAUUUCAUCGAUUACUACGCGCACGUAGGCCUGCGAGGCGGCCACGCGCCACGGCCUGAGGAGCCGAGUGACGCGCAGCGAAGGCGGCAGCCAGACCAUCACGCAGCGCCCGCAUCACCCAGCGGAUCGGCGGCGUCUGAAGAGCCCGCGCACCGGGUGCUGAAGAGCGAGUCAAUCGAAGGAGACAACCGGAAGUACUAUUUGGAUCUGAAGGAGAACCAGCGCGGCCGCUUUUUGCGCAUCCGGCAGACCGUGAGCAGGGGGCAGGGCGCAGUGGGGUACUACGGCCAAGCCGUGGAGCAGACCAUCGUGCUGCCCGCGCAGGGCUUAAUCGAGUUUCGGGACGCGCUCUCGCAGCUCAUCGAGGACUACGGCGACGAGCGCGAGGCCAACGGGCGAACCGGGAGAGGGGAGCGCGACCGGGAAGCGGCGUGUGCGGAGCUGCCCGAGGCGGCGUCCUUCCGCGUCGACAAUAAGCGCUUCUACUUCGACGUGGGCUCCAACAGGUACGGUGUGUUCCUCAAAAUCAGCGAGGUGCGCCAGCCGUACCGGAACACCAUCACGGUGCCUCUGAAAGCCUGGGCCCGCUUCGGCGAGAACUUCAUCAGGUACGAAGAGGAAAUGAGACGCCUGUUCACCUGCCGCAAGGAGAAGAGGACAGAGGCGCAGGCGGACAGCGAAGAGCGCGAGGAUUGACGGCGGCCCGCCAUCUAUGUUCUGUUGCAGUAUGUCACAGUGCUCCGGUUUAUACAAUAUCCUCAUACAUGUUUCAAACAGUGUACCUCUAUAGCCUGUUCAAGUACCGUACUGUACUGUACAACUCCGAUCAAUCACAAUAGCACUUUUACAUUUAGCAGUACUGUUUUAUUUUCCCUUUUAGUUCAUUUUACGAACAGUUGGCGUUUGCUUUGAAAUCAGGUUGUGUAUGAGCGACAGACUAAGAUUCUUUUUGUUUCGUUCACGUUAAAAGGGUCUAAACACGAGAUGGAAAGGUCCAGAUGGAAAUGUGCAUUCAGCAAUCUAGUCAAGCUGAAGCGCGCGCGCUCGUCUGUGGGUGUGCGGGAGAGCGCGUGCGCGCGUGCGUGCGUGCGCGCGCGCGCGCGGCCAGACGUAGUCUCUCGCGCGAUUCGUUGAAUCUAGUAGCGUUAAAAUGCCCGUGUUAAACAUACAGAAUUAGUACACUUAUGCAGAGUGCUCAGGUUGUACAAAUUGGCUGUGAUGCAUGACCACAUGCACUCUUACAGAAAUUUAGGCAUAUUCAAUUAUUAAAUUAAGGCAUUUUAUAUUAGCAGAAUGCAUCAAUUUAGUCUACAUUUGGAAUGUUGGGUAAGACAUGCAUAACAUUAUGCCAGAGACAGAUGCUAUACAUUAUUCAUGGAAAAACAGUUUUUGAAUAUUACACCACGUCAGCAAUAUACCUCGUGGAUACACGAAUACACAUCUUUCUCCAGACAACUCAGGAGAAAGGUUAAACCCGAAGUAACGUCAGUCAAACAAACAUUUAAUGAUCCAGACUGCUUGUUUAUGUUAGAUUUGGUAGAUCAGUUGCUUGUUCAGCAAAUACACAAAUAUCACCACAUUACUUUUAAUGGUAACAUGUUUGAUGAAAGGUUACAUGCACUAUUUACUAAGUGGAGACUCAUUUAAACAAUAGGUCUGUUGGAGUUAAAAGAGGGAAUAUAAUACAGUUUUCCUUAUAAAGCUAUAAAGAUUUUUUAAAAAUUAAGAUAUGAAAUUAUAUCGAAAUAUCUGAAUAUGGAUAAGAUUGAAAUGAUCAUAUACCCAAUAUUAUGAGCACAAUAUGUUUAAAUGUGUAAAUAGGUCUCCAAUAAAGAUUAAUAUUUAAAAAAAAACAAAAAAAAAACACUAAUAACGUCCACAUAAAUGUGAGCCAAUUUCCUCCUCUCUAUAUCAUCUGAGAGUGAUAAUAGCAAUAGUCACUAGCUGAAAUUAGGAGAAUCAACAGAUCUGGUAGAUUUGUAGUAUGUGGUUUCAGCAGUAAUGCACCUAAUACCAGACUUCCUGUUUGCUAUUAGGUUAAUUGCUUGGGAGAAUGUUUAAAAAAAAAAAAAAAUUAUUUAUUAUUAUUAUUUUUUUUUUUUACAAAUUACUGAAAAGUGGUGUGUAGCCCAAUUACAAGCUAAAUUCACACAUACCUGCACAUUAGGUUCAGUUGUAUUGCUUUGAAAUAAGGCAGAGAGUAAUGUCAUCAACCCUGUAAUAUGUAUUAUUAUUAUUACUAAUAUUAUUAUUUAUAGAGAAGUGAAAGACGCAAGUGUUGUGAAAAUGUGGAUAUGAAUUUAGCAGCACCCAAGACCUACUUAUUAUUUAGGGUAGUCAUACCAUUCUUAAUAGAGGAUGACCAGUGGAUAGCCACAUUAUAGCUUAAAAUAAUGUUAUUAAAUACAAACAUUACAGGAUAUUAAGGGCUUUACAGCAUGCAUUUUAAAAGGGGACUUCAUAUCGUAACUGUUUUCACAGUGUAACAGCUCUAAGGGCCUUUUCAAAAGGUGUUAACCAACGAAAGACAUUUAGUAGCGCUGUCUUGGUGUUGCCAGUUCCCUUUCGAGGACAGCACAAAUGUUUAAAGCACUCUUCUAUAAAAACACUAAAUGUUUGUCUUAUAAUUUAUUUUCGUUCCAUGUGUAUGCAUUGCCGGUGUUGUGCAAUUGCUGUGGAAACAUAGAAAGACACAGUAAAUCUGUUCGUCUGAAAAGCGUGUUCAAAAAUGUUAGAUUUUAAUAGAAUAGUGAUGUUUAUAAGACGACAGUGCAAUGAAAGCUCAUCAAGUCACUCAUUAACCUCUAAAUUGACUGUCUUUCAAAUGCCUUUUCUAUGAGGAUGUCACAUUUGUCCUCAUAGCACAACUAAACUUAGAGGUUAACUUCCUGAAACGGCUAAAUGCCCGCUCGCUUAUUGCGUGUGUGUUGAGAAAUACACUCGAACAUGUUCACGUAUGCAAAUAUUGCCAGCUGACAAAAAAAAGCAAUCCUUUCAUUAAUUCCUAUUGGUUCUUAGUGCUUUAAAUUACUUCGAUAGGGUUUUUCUUUUGGACCCUCGGUGAUUUUAGAUCGGUUAUAUCCAUUUCUCACGAUGAACGUAAGGAAAGUAUAACAUGGGCUUAGCUCAAAUGGCUGACAUGAGACAUAGGCAGCACUUCCCCACAAGCACUUUAUUCAAACAGCACUUUUAGGUGCUGCUAUUGUUGCUGCUUUUACUAUUCAAUCUUAUAUGGAGGAUGUGUUUCUCAUCUAUGUGACUACAAGGAGGGGUCUUGUUUAUUUUGAAAUCGCGACAGUCAUACACGUAAAAACAAGCAAACAACAUUUCAUCAUAAGUACAUAAGCACAUCAAAAAUGGCCUGUAGAAGUAUUAUGCGAUCUUAAUAUUAGUGUUUUAUGACAGCUAAGGUGUCGCAAUGCAAAAAAAAUAAAUAAAUAAAAAAUCUACGAAACAAUACAUAAGCAAAAAUAAAUACUGUGUAUAAUUGGCAGAUCAUUGGAAUUCCUCCUUUCUGUCCAUCCAUACAUAUUGUAUGAUGAGAGUUGCCUCAGUGCAACAUUUCCACUAGCAGUGCACUUGUGGGUUUGUAUUUUCUGGGCAUGGAUUACGCCUAGUCUCCAUCUAAAUUGACAUCAGUGGGAAGAAAAUUUAGGAGGAGUAGUCCAGAAAACCUGCCCUCUCCUCUUUAAGAAUGAAUCUUGCUUUGUUUCAUUAACACUUUAAGAACUGUGGUUUAUUACCUCUAUUAUGAAUUCUUUUUUUUUCCUAGUUAUUUAAAAAAAAAUAUAUAUUUCAGGGCUCACUCAUUCUGGGCAUUGACACAGCCUAGGCUCUAUAUUACAGUUAGAUAAUCGUAUAAAAAUAUUAACCUUAUUUCUAAGUUAAAAGGCUGUACCCUUGAAAAAGUGAAAAAGGAGUAAAGGCCAUAAAGGAUGUUACCUCUAAACAAUGUAUAGUACAGAUAAAACAAACACAGGGCAGAUUUAAAAAUAUAUAUAUAUGCACUUUAAAACUGUAUCUGCGUUUGUUCCCUCGACCUCAAAGAAAUAUCUAAAAUUAUGUUGUAUGGCAAAGGAUCACAGAUCUAUAGUGUGUCGUAUGGUAACAUUUUAUUCAGGGUGGUAUUGGUAUACAGACGUUGUGUUUGCUUUGUCACUAGUUUACACGAUUUUUCUUUCCCAGUCGUUCAGGAUGAUUUUGCUAGCAAUUUAAGAAAUUCAGUGUAAUCCCUGAGGCUGUUUGGAAAAAGUUAGCCUAUUACAUCGCAGCUAUAUUAGUUCAUUGUGAAACUUGAAUUCACUGAAUUGGACUGUUACAACGCAUCCGAGUAACACUUUUAACCCAUAAGCCUUAAAAUCAUUACAAUGUGAUUGUAAUGAUUUAGUUUAGGUUUAUGAUUUGUUGGUACAACUUAGCGAUUUUCGUUCAUCACCAACACGUUGUUCUUCUAGUUCUUUUCAGGAACAUUUCAGGCCUAGCAAGCAAACGUUCGAAUUUUGUAAGGAGUAACUGAGCAUUCCUGUAGUAUGAAUAAAGAAUUCAGUAAUGGCAGUUUCAAAGGUCAAUAUCAGUCCAGCCAAAGGUCACAGGCCUCUUUUUGUGUUAAUAAAAGAUAGUUAGAUGUAGGUAAUGUGCUGUAAAGGUGUAGAAGCUUUAUUGAUUCGUUUCCUUUUCUUUUGUGUUUAACGGCAUCUCUGCUGCAGUUGGAAGUUUAGAAGUAGUGUUCGAUAAAGGUUUAAAAAGAAAUGGUGAAAUAAAAAUGUUUCGGUGUAUCUUUUUUGACAACGUAACGUACAUCAUUAGUGUGUCCUCCUGUAGUACUCUAGAGUAUUAUAAGACUCAAAACAAGAAAGCAAUUGUUCUGUAUUGUAGCACUUUCUUUAUCGUGUGUACUGUAUUAGUUCCGGUUUAAUAUGUAUGGUACUGUAUGAAUAUUCAUUAAUUGCCUUGUAAUGUUCGUAAAAGGUUGCAACAUGUAGGAUAUGUAUCUGAAGGUAACAUAGCGGAUUUAUUUGGUUUUGUUUUUUUUUAAGUUCAUGCAUGCUGACAGUUGGGUCCUGUCUAACUCAAAAAAAAAAAAUGGUGCUAUAUAAAAAUAUAUAAAAGGUGCUCAUAUGGACCACAGCUGCAUGCAUGUUGAGUGAAAAAUUGAAGUGAAGCUAGCCAUUGGUCAAUCACAAAACAAGAUAUCGUCCAUGAGCAGAAAUGGGUUUGUGUAACUGUAAAUUGCACAAAGGAUCCGUUGAAUCCUCAACAUCUUGACUGACCGAGAAACAGCAAGACUGCAUGACAGUUGCAUAAAUUUGCACCAGCAGUAGAGUGCAGUAAUCAUCAGCCCAUCUGAGAGUUAUGGGAACAUACAGAUAUACUGUAUAUAUAGCUCUGUAGCUUUUAUCCAGAAUCAUUCUCAUGUUUUAAAAGCUUCGUGAAGGAUACCUGCACCAAAGUAAAAGCUGAGAAUGAAAUGCCUAUUUACAGUUACGCAACCUUUGUGUGUGUAAACUCCAAAAGAUCCAUAGACAAUCUAAUCUAAUUAAAAAUGAAACCUUUUUAUGCUCAUGUUUAAAAUGUUUUUUGUCUUUUUUUAUUAACUUGUGUCACAGAGUAUAAGAAAAGAGAUCACUAUAUAUUGCAGAUUGUUAAGUGGAAAGAUAUGUACGCCUAUGCUUUUAAAACAAAGGAGAAUGUGGUUAUGUUGGUUGUAUCUAUCUUUGUUUCUUUUAAUAAAAAUCGAAGAACUGAAACAGGAA